AUGGAGCCGGAGAAGAGAGAAGUUGCUGGAGUUGGCGCUGAGGCUGGGGCUGAAGCUGAAGUUGAAGCCGUCCAGCAGGAUGUCGAAUACCCAACAGUCUUUUGGGCGUCUUGCGUCUCGUUCGGAGUCGCUCUCGGCCUGUUUAUGGUCGGCCUGGACAUGACAAUCGUCGCCGCCGCCAUUCCUCGCAUCACAGACGACUUCAAGGGCAUCAACCUUGUCGGCUGGUAUGCAUCGGCCUACUUUAUCACCCUGGCUUGCUUCCAGCCUUUCUGGGGCAAGGUAUAUCCCUUCUUCUCAAUCAAGUACACAUUCUUGGGCGCCAUCUUCAUCUUCAGUCUGGGAUCUCUAAUUGCCGGAAUUGCACCUAGCAGCACCGUGCUCAUCGUCGGCCGGGCUGUCAUGGGCGUCGGCGGCGCUGGCAUCGCAUCAGGCGGAUACGCCAUCCUCGGCGUCGUCGUUCGCCCACAGCUGCGACCCGUCUUCACUGGCCUUAUUACUACCAUCUACAGCAUCGCCAACGUCCUUGGACCCAUCCUAGGCGGAGCCUUCACCCAGCAGGCGACCUGGCGAUGGUGCUUCUACGUCAACCUGCCCAUCGGCUGUGUCGCCGGCCUCGUCAUCUUCUUUCUCUUCCGUCCUCCACAGUCUGCUCACCGGGCAGAUGCGCCGCUCAAGGAGAAGCUGUCUCACAUGGAUCCCAUCGGCAUCGUCCUGGCUCUCAUGUCACUCAUCUUCUUCACGCGUGCACUGGAGAUCGCCGGUAUCGAGGAAGAAUGGAACUCGGCUUCCGUCAUUGGCUUCCUCGUCGCCUGCGCUGUUUCUACCAUUGGCUUUGUAGUAUCGCAGUACUUCCAGGGUGACCAUGCCCUGCUCAUGUCGAGGCUACUCAAGCGCCGUGUCGUCGCUGUCGGCAUGGCAUAUGGCUUCUUUCAUGAGGGUGCUUUUUACCUGCUGCUCUACUAUGUUCCCAUUUACUUCCAGGUCGUCGUCGGCGCUUCUCCUUCCAGGGCUGGUGUCUAUAACCUGCCCUUGCUCAUCAGCUGUGGUGUCGGCUCAGCGGCUGCGGGUGUCCUCGUCUCUCUCACGGGACACUACGUCCCACUCAUGCUCUGGGCCAGUGCCGGUGGCUGCAUUGCUUCCGGCCUCAUCUACACCCUCUACGCUGCUGCCCCUGCUGCCCAGUGGGCUGGAUAUCAGGUCCUUGCCGGGCUUGCGUACGGGUCCGGCCUACCCCUUGCCAUCAUCGCAGCUCAGGCCCAGACGAAGCCCGAAGACCUUGCCUCCACCACUGCCAUGCUCCUAUUCUCCUUCUGUGUCGGCACCUCCACCUCCCUCGGAGCAGGGCAAUCCGUCUUGAGUAACAUGCUCCUAACAAAACUGCGAACUCUCGCCCCUUCCGUCGACCCCCGUACCGUCAUCGCUACAGGAGCCACGGAGAUUCGCGACGCAUUCUCCGCCGAGGCCAUUCCCGGCAUCGUCGAGGCCUACCUCGUCUGUCUACGUAUUGUUUUCUUAAUUGUCACCGCCUAUGCCGGUGUCGCAGUCAUUUGUACAUUCGGUAAUAGUUGGCGAAGGUUAAAGCUGAAGUAG